ACAGGAAGUGAGGUAAAAGGGCGCUGAAAGGAAGAGAAGCAAGGGCGGGGCCGGCAUUGCGCAUGCGCACACCUUCAUGGAGCGAACUAGGGCCGCAAAGCAGACAGACGAGGCUUUCAGACGGAAACGACAUUGAAGAAUCAAGAGAAGGAAGACAAACAGCAAACCCUUCAGGCCAAUUUGAUCUUCUGAUGCCUCACAAGGCAAAGCAAUGAAGGGGCAGCAGAAGGCAGUGGAGACGGAAGAAGGCACCGUGCAGAUCCAGGAAGGCGCAGUGGCCACGGGCGAGGAUCCCACCAGCGUGGCCAUCGCCAGCAUCCAGUCGGCCGCCACCUUCCCCGACCCCAACAUCAAAUACGUCUUCCGGACAGAGAAUGGCGGCGCACAGCUGAUGUAUCGAGUGAUCCAAGUGGCCGAAGGGCAGCUGGACGGGCAAACCGAGGGCUCCGGCGCCAUCAGCGGCUAUCCUGCCACACAGUCCAUGACACAGGCGGUCAUCCAGGGAGCCUUCACGAGCGAGGAUGCGGUGGAGACGGAGGCCGCGGCCACGGAGACGCACUACACGUACUACCCGGCCACGGCCGUCACCGACUCGGCCACGUCUUCCGGCGCCGGGAGCACCACCGCCACCGCCGUGGUGACCGCCCAGAACUCGGAGGCCUUGCUGGGCCAGGCCACCCCCACCGGCACAGGGCAGUUUUUUGUCAUGAUGUCUCCGCAGGAGAUCCUCCAGAGCGGGACGCAGCGCUCCAUCGCUCCCAGGACGCACCCCUAUUCGCCAAAAUCCGAAGCGCCGCGGACAACUCGGGAUGAGAAGCGGAGGGCCCAGCACAAUGAAGUGGAGCGCCGUCGCCGGGACAAGAUCAACAACUGGAUCGUGCAGCUGUCCAAGAUCAUCCCCGACUGUUCGAUGGAGAACACCAAGUCUGGGCAGAGCAAAGGCGGCAUCCUUUCCAAGGCCUGCGACUACAUCCAGGAGCUGCGCCAGGGCAACGUCCGCCUCUCCGAGGAGCUCCAGAGCCUGGAGCAGCUCCACGUCGACAACGAGGUCUUGCGGCAGCAGGUGGAGGACCUCAAGAACAAGAACCUGAUCCUGCGAGCGCAGCUGCGCCAACACGGCGUGGAGGUCAUCAUCAAGGACUCGCACUGACCCGACUGACCGAUCCAUCCAUCGAUUGGCGUUUUGGAUUGAUUGACGGCGACACCGAGGUCUUUGCCCUUCCGAGGCGCCUGCCGUUCUAUAUAGGAACUUACCAAACCCUCGGGACGGGAAGAAAGACGGCCGUCGCUUUGGACAUUGGGCCGCUCUCCGGCACGCAUGCAGAAUCACGGUCACCACGUUGCACGACCCUAGAGACCCCCCCCGUAUCCAUACAACUCUCUCUUCUUGAUCCCGUCCUGGAGAACAAGACCUUCCGGCUUUCUUUUUAUUUUCUCUUAUUAUUUUUAAUAAUAAUAUUAACAAUAUUUUUUUUUUCUGCUGAAGAUAAUGGGACGCUGUUUUUUGGUGGACGAGUGCCAAGGCCCGCAAGUAGCCCAACGUUCAUUCGCUCCUUCUUUUCGGCCUUUGUUCCCUUUCCUGUCUUGUCUUUUUAAGAAAAAGAAGAAUAAACCCGGGAAAUAAAACAGGGGAAACGUC